AUGGAUCCCUUUCAGCCCCCUAUGAGCAUUUUCAACAUGGUUGAUGAUGAUGAUGAUGAUGAUGAUGAUGAUGAUCCCGAACCCCCUCCCCGCCCUCGACAGGAAAUUCAUGUUCCUCCACACAUUGUUCGGAGUCUUCAUUAUCUUUCUCUCGCAUUUCGUCCUUAUGAAGAGCCCAAGAUUAACAUUAGUCGUCCCUUCUCUCCACAGUUCAUAUCCUCGCGCGGCAACGAGUACUUUUGCGAAAUAGACGAGGAAUACUUGACCGAUCGAUUCAACUUGACUGGACUCAACACCGAGGUUCAGUACUACCAAUACGCACUCGACCUCAUCACGGACGUGUUUGAUCUAGAUGCCGAUGAUGACCUACGCGAACAGAUUGAAAAGUCGGCACGUCAUCUCUAUGGCUUGGUUCAUGCUCGAUACAUCGUGACUACUCGUGGAUUGGCCAAGAUGCUCGACAAAUACAAGAAAGGCGAUUUUGGAAAAUGCCCCCGUGUCUUGUGCGAUCAACACCCUUUGCUCCCCAUGGGCCAGUCCGACCUACCUAACCAAAAGACCGUGAAAUUGUACUGCGCCAAAUGCGAAGAUAUCUACAACCCCAAAUCCUCUCGCCAUGCAUCUAUCGACGGGGCUUAUUUUGGGACCUCCUUUCACAACAUCCUGUUCCAAGUCUAUCCAGCACUUGUACCGGAAAAGAGCAUACAGCGUUAUGAGCCCCGUAUCUACGGCUUCAAGGUGCAUGCAACCGCCGCGUUGGCUCGUUGGCAGGAUGCGCGCCGUGAAGAGAUGAAAGAGCGGUUGGCGAAGCUUAACAUCGAUCCUGGAUUCAUCGAGGAUAGCGAAGAUGAGAACGACGAAUUCGAAGAUGACAUUGAUGACGACAAAUCGGAGCCGACUGGAGAAGAACCAGCACCAGUUGUGGACAAUGCUUCUGCACGUAUGGACACGGGUGUUUAG